UACUCGCGCCGGAAUCUAAACUGUGGAGCGAACUUCUCUUCGAGGAGCACAAAUAUUUUUACCUCGGGGCCGGCUUGAAAGAUGGUCGAAGGACCGGGCUGUACUCUAAAUGGAGAGAAAAUUCGGGUCCAGGUGCAGCUGGGUCAGGCGGUGACAGACGUGAGGGGAAGCGCUCUGCUGAGCCUGGUGGGCUCUGUGUUGCCCCAAGCCUCUGGGGCAAGAAUCUCUUCCGAGGCUGCUACAAUGAAUAAUGAUAAUAAAGAUUCCAGAUGUAAUUUCUUGAGACUACUUAAUGGACAUGUUUACAGUGGUGUGGAAACUCUGGGGAAGGAACUCUUUAUGUUCUUUGGGCCAAAAACUUUACGGAUUCAUUUUGGUAUGAAAGGCUCCAUCAUCAUUAAUCCACAUAAAUAUAAAAAUAAGAAUGAAAUGUCUCCUGUUUUUGAAGUUCAGCUUACCAAAGAUUUGAUUUGUUUCUUUGACUCAUCAGUAGAACUCAGGAACUCAACAGAAAGCCAACAGAGAAUACGAAUGAUGGGAGAAUUAGAUGUAUGUUCACCUAAAUUUAGUUUCUCAAGAGUGGAAAGUGAAGUUAAAAAGCAGAAAGGAAGGAUGCUAUGUGAUGUGUUAAUGGAUCAGAAAGUGUUGCCUGGGGUAGGGAAUAUCAUCAAAAAUGAAGCUCUCUUUGACAGUGGUCUCCACCCAGCUGUUAAAGUUUGUCAGUUAACAGACAAUCAAAUCCAUCACCUUGUGAAAAUGGUACAUGAUUUCAGCAUGCUUUUUUACAGGUGUCACAAAGCACAUUCUGCUAUUUCCACACAUUAUAAGGUGUAUAAGCGUCCUAACUGUGGUCAGUGUUACUGCAAAAUAACUGUGUGUCGCUUAGGGGAGAAUAACAGAAUGACAUAUUUCUGUUCUCACUGUCAAAAAGAAAAUCCUCAACAUGUUGACAUAAGCAAACUGCCAACUAGAAACACUACAGUCAGCUGGACAUCUAGCAGGAGGGAUCAUCUUUUGGACUUAGUAGCUAAAAAAUCUGAAGAGCAGUGGACAUGUGUGACUUGUACACUAAUAAACAAGCCUUCUUCGGAGAUAUGUGAUGCUUGCCUGAGCCCAAAGCCCUUUGAUUCAGUACUCAAGAAUAAAGAAAAUUCUGUUGUCUUUACCAGCUUAGUGAAGUACCCUUGCAAUAACUUUGGGAAACCAAGUGCAGAAGUAAAGAUCAACCAGAAAACUACAUUUGGAACUGCAACACUUGUAUUAACUGAUUUCAGUAACAAAUCCAAUACUUUGAAAAGAAAAAAAAGUCAAAAUCAGAUACUAGAUGGGGAACUUCAAGACUCUCCUGCCAACAUUUGUUUUAGUGAUAAACUGCACCCUUCUGUGGAAAGAAGAAACCAUGUAACUCAAAUACCUAGCAGAGCAAAUAUAAACGUAUCAUCUGUGGUCGACUCUCAGUAUAAAUUAUUUAAUACAACACAUAAAAAAUUGAAAACAAACCACCACUCAUCACUAGAUAUCCAAAGCUGCAACCCUGGCUUUUCCAGCAGUGAACUUCAAAGGAAUAUGACAGAUGGUACUUGUACAAUAAAUGCUGGCGCUCCUCGCUGCAGUAAACACAACCGCCUCUGCAUUCUCCGAGUUGUGAGGAAGGAUGGUGAAAACAAGGCCAGGCAGUUUUAUGCAUGUCCUCUACCUCAAGAAGCACAAUGUGGAUUUUUUGAAUGGGCAGAUUUGUCCUUCCCAUUCUGCUACCAUGGUAAACGUUCCAUCAUGAGAACAGUGUUGAAGAUUGGACCCAAUAAUGGAAAGAAUUUUUUUGUGUGUCCCCUUGGGAAAGAAAAACAGUGCAAUUUUUUCCAGUGGUCAGAAAAUGGACCAGAUAUUUUAUAGAAAUUUGCUUCUAAAAUCAAAACUUACUGGACUAUAGGAUAUACAUUCACUAAAAAAGGAAAGAAGAUUUAAAAAAAUUACUGUCUUACUGCUACAGUCUUAAAGGACAUACAAAGAUGAAAAAAAUCUUAACUAUCCCUUACAGUGACCGUGAGUUUGAACUUCAUUGUAUAGUAAACCAAGUCAAAUGGUUCAAAUAACUUCUUAGUUUUUAAAUCUGUUAACCUCUAUUAAACUGCUACAUGUGAAAA